CCAGUUACUCUGUUUUCGUACUGUAAAGAACCGCUCUGUGGCCGUGUUGUGUAAAAUAGUGUAGAAGUCGUACCGAGAGUGAUAAAAUUAAGUGUAAGGGUGUGAAAUAAAACCAGGACUCGGAUUAGCAUGUGCCAGGCAUGAGUUUUGUUAUCACAACGAAGGAAAUGGAAUACCAACUGCCCGCCCCCCCGAUCAGUACUACGACUCCAGCGCCCCUGGGCCACCAAGUACCGGUCGGGGUGAUGCAGGGUACUUUGACGCACGUCCAAACGACCCAGCAGGACGAAUCGCACAGGUGGACGCAGUACCAGCAGCUGUGGAGACAGCACGUUUACAUGAACGGAAACAGUAAACCACCCCAUCCGCACAGUCAUGGCCACACAACGAUCAAAGAUUUAACAGGAAAUAUAUUAGGAGAUGACAAAACUAAAGACGAUGGAGAGCUCUGGAACACAGUCGAAGCACAAACAGCUUUCCUCGGUCCAAAUCUUUGGGAUAAGACUUAUGAAACGGAUUUAAAGUACGUUGAUUUGGAUGAAUUCCUGUCAGAAAAUGGAGUUUCGAUGGACGGGCUAGGUAGUCAUGGCUCAUUAGGACCUUUAAACAGUUCUCAACCUUUACCAAAAAGAGAAAGGUCACCUAGUCCCAGUGAUUGCAUGAGUCCUGACACUAUGAACCCCCCCUCACCUGCCGACUCCAAUUUUUCUGAAGCUUUAUCUAUGGCUUCGAGUUGUCGAGACUUCGAUCCAAGGAAGAAAGUAUUUUCAGAUGAAGACCUGAAACCACAACCACUCAUCAAAAAGUCCCGCAAACAAUUUGUCCCAGACGACCUUAAAGAUGACAAAUAUUGGGCGAGACGAAGGAAGAAUAACCUGGCUGCCAAACGAUCACGUGACGCCCGUCGGAUGAAGGAAAAUCAAAUCGCACUUCGAGCUGGUUAUCUGGAGAAAGAGAAUGUUGGUCUUCGUCAAGAAUUAGAAAGAAUGAAGAAAGAAAAUUUAAUUUUAAAGAACAAAUUGUCAAAAUAUGAAGAUGUAUAAGUACCUGAAAGAACCAUUUCUCCGCUGCAUAUUUCAUAAGAAGAAAAGAAGUAGUAUCCGGUCAAAUUAACACUUUUUUCGAAAUCUACUUAUGCCGUGUUCUUUCAGAGGACAAAUCCAAACAUUUGUACAUAAACAUCCACAUUAUGUAGUAAUCAUGUAGUGUUAAGUUUAUUACUUGUAGUCAAACAUUAGUUUUUGUUUUUAGCAUGGUAUUAUCGAAUAUACUUGGUUAAUGUUAUUCUUAGCAUUCAAAAUCAAGCAAUUUGUCUCUAAAAUUAAAAACGAUAUUUUUAAAUAAAAAAAAAAUUAAUUGCAGACACGGUUAUGGUUCCAAAACAUAAAUGAUAUUUAGUUUAAAUAAAGCCUGCUGUGAAACUACCCAAUAGGAAGCUUUGGGAUAGACCCAACUAUCUUGGGUAAUGGAAAACGAUUAGCUGAAUUUUCCCUUUCAACAAAUAAAAACAACCUCAUGACUCAUAUUUCAAAUUGUGUUCAAGUCAAACUGAUUGUUGAUCACUAUAAUUUCAGUACAUUAAAGUAUGAAGUUUUCAAGUACCUAAUAUUAGUAAACUUUGUUUUAACCUAAACUACAUAACCACCUAUUUAUCAUAAAAUAGCCUGUAGUUUUACUAAUUUAUUAAAAUAACUCAUUCUGUUGGUAGAAGAUUUGUUCAAAAUCCGGUUCGAAGCUAACAAACAAAAAUGGCAGAAGAUGGCUAUCUUACUACCAAUUAGAGCGUAAUAAGCAAUGUAAUAAAUUACAAUCCGAAGGACCAUUCGCUAACGCGGGAAUAAAAGCAUUAAAAAAUUUGUGAUUUAAUGACUAACUUUGUACUAUUACUAAAAUGAGAUCUGGUUAACGUUCUUUCAUGAAGUUCUUAUAUUUGAAUCGCCGAAUCACUGUCCAGUUCACACUAGUCCGUGAAACACAAACACAAUAGCCCUUGUACAGUUUAAAGGGCACUAACUAGGACAAAAGGCAAACGAGAAGUGGCUCUCCGACAGAUGCAAAGAAAUAGAAGACGUGGAUAAAAAGUAUGACAGCUUUAAUUUACACAAAAAAAUCAAAGAAAUGACAGGUUCUAGAAAAA